AUGAUUCCAAACAUAUUUCGACAAUGUAAUCACAUUGAUUUCGAUCGAUACUUUCUUACCGAGGUUAUGUCUGCUAUUUAUCCAGAUGAUUUUAACUACAGUUACUACGAUUACUCUUUUCGGUUCAGGAAUGACGACUUAAUCUCAAUCACUUCCUCGUGGCGGAGUUUCGCUCGUAUUAUUCUUGUUAUCUUAUUACGAAUUGGUUUUGUUCUGAUACACAUUGGUAGCGUACCAGUCAACAACGUCAAUUUGAUUCUAUUACAAAACAUCAUUGACUUUUGUUGGGUAACGAUAGUCUAUGCACUUGUUGGAAUUGUCAUCGCCUACACAGGCGACAUAAAAGGUUUGCUUGGCGAAGGACACUGGAUCGGUGACGAAAUCGUCGAUAAGGACGAAAUUAUAAUCGGCUGGUCAGCCGUAUCAAUUGCUGCUGCAAUUUUAACGUGUGGAAUCGUGGGUCGGACACAUACCAUCGGUUACCUUAUCAUAGGAUUUUUGUUGGCUGGAUUGGUGCAACCGUUUCUAAUUCAUUGGAUUUGGACGCCACAAGGAUGGAUACGAACAAACGUAUUAUUGCAGCAGGAGGUGUAUUUCCACGAUUAUGGCGGCUCCGCAGUUGUUCACCUUGUAGGUGGAUUGUCAGGAUUCAUAGGUUGCCUGACUCUUGGUCGAAGGAUACUUCGUCUAGAUGCUAUAGAUGACGCAAGCAUCGCUGUUGGUUCCGCGGGAACUGUUUUUGCUGGUCAAUUAUUCGUGUUCAUUGGUCUACAGAGUCUUGGUAUGUUGAAUAUUCAAGCACUAAGAUUCGAAGUGAAAACCAAAACACAGAAAAAUAUCUUUGUCAACAAUUUACUCGCCGCGAGUUCCUGCAGUCUACUCGUUGUGGCUUUCCAUUUCUUUAUUCCUCGCGAAGAAUUUAAUCACUGGACUGUAAUGAGAUGUGUGCAAGCUACUGUAGCCGGUCUGGUGGUAAUAUCUGCUGGACUGGAUAUUUACUCUCCGAUGAUGGCAAUUGGUUUGGGCACGACCGGAAGCAUUAUCUUUUAUUUGGUCUCAAGGCAAGUGUUUAAUAGUGCGCUUGAAGAUUAUUGUAACAUCGUAGCUAUUCACUUGGUCUGUGCUAUUUUGGGAAGUUUCCUCGUUCCUCUUUUCUGUAUCAAUGAACAUGACGAAGUAAGGACGAUUUUGUUAAACUUUAUGUGGCAACUGAUCUGUUUAGUCACAAUAAUUGCUUUCGUUGCAAUUACUAUGAUUCUUGCUUUCGGUACCUUACACCACUCGGGUUUGUUGAGAAACAGAUCGGAAUAUUUGAAUCACUUAAGAGCGAAUGUAGCUGAAGGUAGGACUCGGAGAAAAUCACUCCUGGAGAGAUUAUUCCGUGCCGACAGAGAUCCCGUUUAUCUUCAACCGGGAACAAGUUUCGGUGAAUCAUUAUGAACAAAUCAUGAAGUUCCUAGGUAUUAAAAAUAAUGUAUUAACGAAGAAUAUCACAGACCAUGUGAAACAAAUGUUUAAAAUGUUUGAAUUUUUGUACCGAUUGAU